GGACUUCCUCUUCUUCCUUUUUAUCCUCCAUGUGUGCCUUCGUGAACCGUAGUAGUUGGACUACGUAGUCGUCUUCUUCGUCAUCUUCCUCCUCCUCCUCAGCUUAUAUAGCUGGGCCGGGUCGGGAUCAACAUGGGCUCCGAACCAUCAACGGUUGUAGUUCCAAGGAAUUUCAGAUUACUGGAAGAGCUUGAGAGAGGUGAAAAGGGAAUUGGGGAUGGAACUGUUAGCUAUGGGAUGGAUGACGCUGAUGAUAUAUUUAUGCAGUCAUGGACAGGGACAAUUAUUGGUCCCCCAAAUACUGUGCAUGAAGGGCGUAUUUACCAGUUGAAACUAUUUUGUGGUAAAGAUUAUCCAGAUAAUCCACCAGCUGUGAGGUUCCAAACACGGAUAAACAUGACCUGUGUCAAUCAUGAAACUGGAGUGGUUGAGCCCAGUCUCUUCCCCAUGCUUGCAAAUUGGCAAAGGGAACAUACAAUGGAGGACAUUUUGACACAAUUGAAGAAAGAUAUGAUGUCACCACAAAACCGAAAGCUAGCUCAGCCACCUGAAGGCCAUGAAGAGGGAAGGGUAGAUCAGAAAGGGCUUGUGCUGAAAUGUGUCAUUCUCUAAGAGCUAGGUGAUGAGUCCGUAAGUUUCUCAGGAUGUUAUGCCUAGACCCAAUUCUACUUUGGCUGGCUGUUUCCUGAUUCUCUAACGAGAAUACUCUUGAUAUGAAAUCACUCCAAAAUCCGAGUUGGUUUUGUGGUAAACGAUGUGUAAUUAUAUGAAUCAAUGGACCCAUGAAAUAUCAAUUCUUCAAUUUCUUACUUAA